UCUUUCUGUGUUUGCUCUCUCCUCUCUCAGUCGGGAUCAUGGCUCGGUACAGGAGUUACUUACGGGGUCUCUCCAUCUGUGUCACUGUGCUGCUGAUGGCGUCCGGCCUGGUGAUGAUCGGCGUCGGCUUUUCCUCCAUCGACGGUAACACACCGGUCGCCAAGCUGUUCGAGCAGCUGUCCAGCAGUGACGGUCUGCUGGUGCUCCAGGUGUUCGGCCCCAUCACCGUCAUCCUGUCCGUGCUCGGGGUCUGUGCUGCCAGUCUGGACCUCAAACAACUGCUGCUGCUGUUCUCCGCUCUGAUCUUAGUGGAGUUCGUGGCUCUGAUGGUCGUCGCCUCUCCGCUGGUCCAGGUUCAGGCUCAGAUGGACGGCGCUGUUGACGAGGUGUUCCUGAACGUCACACCGCUGUACAGAACAGACCGUUACAUCCAGGGGGAACUGAACAAACUGCAGGCCUCCGACUCCUGUUGUGGUUUGAGGAGUUUUGAGGACUGGGAGGAUCGACUUCCUGUUUCCUGUUUCUGCACACCGCCCGCCUCCGACCAGCAAGUGAGCUCCCAGUCCGGUAACUCCAGCUCUGAUGGUUCCUGUGUGAUGGUGGACAGCGAGCGACGGCCUCCGACCUCCCUCUGGGUUCACUCCGAGCCCUGCGGUCCGAUCCUGAAGAGCUACCUGAGCUUCCCGAUCAAACUCCGGAUAGGAAUCAUCUCAGCCGUCGCCACCAUCACGAUGGCGGCCAUUGUUCUGUGCCUGACGCUGGGUCUGGAGGAAUACUGGAAGAAGCCUCAGGUGGAAACUACAGUGGACGACUUCAACCGAGUGAAAUACCAACCUAAACCCUCCCUGACCUGACCUUUAACCCCUCAGUAAAUCUACACCAUGCACUCUUUCUGGAGCUGAGUUUCUUCUAUAAAACACCAUAUUUAUAUUUGACAGGAUGCACAUAUUAAGAAGAGAAUAUUCUGCUUUUCAUCAGAUGUUUGUGUGAUUAUUUGUGGAGAAUUAUCCCAGAUUUUAGGGCUGCUGUGAGACUUUAAAUAAAGAAGGAACGGCAGCUGCUUGUGAUGAAGUGUUUGGUCUCGUGUUAUAAAUAAAGUUUAUUUUAUAAAGCGA